GCCGAACUCGCAAAGCUUGUGGAAGCCCGCGAGCCGCUUCUCAAACACACAUUCGGCUUCAUUGAUGGGAAGAACUUAAGGGUUCAGCAGCCGUCGAAUGCGGACUUGCAGAACGCCAUGUAUAACGGGUGGUUGCACACCGUUUUCGUGACUGGCACAAUCUGCUUCGCAGCCGACGGCUGCAUCAUUUGGUGUAAGCACAAUUGCCCCGGGUCGUGGAACGACUCCGACACCUCCUUGGGAUUCCAUUCCAAGUUGCUCGACCCUACCCUCUGCCCGGACACACGUAUGAACGUGGUGUCGGACUCGGCCUUCCCGUGUUCGACCAGCACGGUCGGUCGCAUCCUGACUCCUCUCAAAGAUGGCGAUCUCGAGAGGAUUCUCCCGUCGCUGAGAAGCUCCGCGCGGACGCUUCAUAACGCCAUCACGUCCGUGAGGCAGGCGGCGGAGUGGGGCAUGGGGAGCAUGCAAAAGGUGUACAGCCGCCUGAACCUCCCCCUGCCGUACGACCCCGAGCUUCGUGGACACCGAAUCAACAACAUCUUCAGAAUGGCUAACUAUCGCGUCCGCACGAUCGGCAUCUCGCAGAUACGCACGACGUUUUCAGGCGAGAUGGAGCUAUCCAGCGAGUAG